AUGAUAUCGCCAGAUAUGGUCCAGGAAAUUUUCCAAAAGCUCAGAGAAGAUCCAAAUAAUUCGAAAUGCUUUGAGUGCGGAGAUUCUGACACUAGAUUCUGUUCUGUUAACCAUGGAAUUUUUAUAUGUGAGAAAUGCAAGGUUCUUCACCAGUCAUUGCUUUCCAACCUAAGUUAUGCUAAGCAAGUUUCAAGUAAUUAUUGGACUCUUGAAGAGCUAAAAUACAUCAUAGCAGGUGGAAAUUCAGCUUUUGAAGAGUUUCUAUUAUUUUAUGGUCUUAAAGAUACCAAAAUGGCAUAUAAAUACUGCACUUAUGCAGCUGAAUUUUAUAGAAAAAUGCUUAAAGGUAUAGCUGAAAAUGGAGCCUUUAGAGGAUAUUUACCAAAUUUUGAAGAGAGUAAAGUAAAAUCUAUCAACAUAAAGGCAAAGUCUGCAGAUGCGCAACUAAGUAAAUAUGAUGAAAGACGGCUCGAGAGUGUUCAAGUAGCUUUGGACGAAAAAUUUGAAUCAAAACCUUGUGCUAGUGAGUCUAAUGUUCAGUACUUACCCGGGAUGCAAGUUAUUAGGAGAAGAAGAUUUAGUAUAGGCUUAGGAUUAUUAAAAUUCAGGCGUUAGCCAUAUUGGUGGCGCAGCCAGCAAGACCUCCGUACGGGUUCUACCGCUUUCCGACUCCAACCCAGAGGUUCUGUGCCACUUCCGUUACCUUUUUUCUCCUCCUUGCGGCUUCAGACUAGAGUGGGCGGCUUAUGGGUUUCUGCGGCCCUGAUACGGGCGAUUGAAUUAGCUUGAUUCAAUGAAUCAGCUCCUUGGAGUCUAUCGGAUGUCGAAGUGCCUUCAUUCGACUGCUGCAGGAAAAAGACUACUCCCUAUGGCCUGGGCCGAAACCCCCAGUUUCUCGGUAGGAAUGCCUGAGGGUCCUCGGAUCCAAAGGACUUUGUUGAGCGCCUCAAUUUUCAACCACAGAUAAGCAGCCAAAGCCUACCCAGAUGUGCAUCUCUUGAGCCUGAACUUGGUUCUCAGCUCGGAGUCCGUCCCAGUUUGCCGUAGCCAUAAUAUCUGGACUGCUGCGCCAAGAGGGUAGGUUGGCACGUGUCGCCAAUUUAAUGUAUGAUUUAAUAUAAUCGGUUGGCUAAAAAUGGUCUAUUGCAAUGUUGUUAAAUUUGGAAACCAAGUUGCUGAUAAAACCUAUAAAAUUUCACAAACACCUACAAUGAAAAAAAUUGACGAUCAAUUUGUUAUUGCAUUUAAUACAGCUGAAAAAUUUGCCAGCAGAAUCUAUGAUGCUACCCAGAAAAUAUAUUAUGAGUAUAAUAAAAAGCUAAAACUUGUUGAUUCUCAUGAAAUUUCAUAUAGAAAAGUUUUUGCUGACGAAUUUCAUAGAGCUGAUACAAUCAAUACUGAUGAGAAUGUAAGAAAUCUUAAAAAAGAAUUAUGGAGCUUGAUAGAACAAUUGGAUAAGGCAGAAGCCUCGGAUGCAGGAAUUAUUUUAAGACCUGAUGAGGUCGAAACUAGUCAAUUUCAUGAAGAAGAAACUUAUUUUGUCGAACAUUAA